CUUGGUGCGACCGGGACUGGAAAAGUUUGUUUGCGAGAGCGCUCUGCUGUCGCUGUGUGGAAGCCUUCCAGGCCCUACCCUAGCCAUGGAGGGAUCCGCUCUCCCCGUUUUCGUAUAUGAACUGAGGCCACCCCGUACCCCCAUCUCGCCCACAACGUUCCAAACUCCCACCAGAGCUGUCGCAAUCUUUCCCUACGAGCAUCCGCUCCCCACGUUCCUUCGAACACCACAUUCAUUGCGAUACGGCUUCAGCCCUGGUCGGCUCGUUCCCUGUACUCUUCACGAAGUCGCCUGUUCUACAACGCACAAGAUACCCUGUCUACCUCAAUAUGUCUUCCAUGACCAAGAUCAGCCUUUUGGCUCUCAUCGGCGCCGCCGCCGCUCACCCUUCCUACGGUGCUCACUCCAAGUUCCAUUCUAAGCCCGCUGCUGGCACUGGAAAGCCCUACCCCACUGGCGGAUGGUCCGGCAACUACAACAGCACUUCUGUUCAGGUUCCUGCCGGCACUGCUUCUUACGAUUCUUACGAGCCUGGCAAGACCUCCACCGUUGACAUCACCACCACCUCCACCAGAACCAUCUACUCCACCAUCUACGGAACUCCUGCUGCUCAGUCCGCCGUCGUCGCUGACAUCUCUUCCAAGCCUGCCAGCAACCAGUGCGGUCCCGCUACCGUCACCGUCACUGCCACCGAGAAGGCCACCGUCACCGUCACCCCUGGCGUCCCCUCCUCCAAGGUCGUUGUUCCCUCCAAGGCCGGCGAGUCCAGCUAUGCUGUCAUCUCCUCGACCCCUGCUGCUGAGAAGCCCACUUCCUCCAAGCCUGCUGUUGCUACAUCCUCUGCUCCCGCUGCGUACAGCUCCAUGCCUGUUAUAGCUUCCAGCAAGGCUUCUGAGUACGAGGUCUACACCCCUUCUGCCUCCCUCCCCGCCAUCACCUCAAUCGCGCAGAAGGAGUACAGCUCAGCAGUUCCCUCCUCCACUGCUGCUUCUUCUUCCGCCGCCCCCACAUCCUCGGGCACUCCCACCUACAGCGGAACCAAGCGUGGUCUUGCCUACAACGAUGGUGAACUCUGCGCUACCUUCGGCUCCAACUUCGGUUUCGCCUACAACUGGGCUCAAACCGAGAGCAAGGAUGUCGGCGCUCCUUUCAUCCCCAUGAUGCACAAGGUCUCUGACUCCACCGCUGAGGCUUGGUUGGCCAACGUCGACACGGCUGUUAAGGCCGGCUCCAAGGCUGUCAUGGGUUUCAACGAGCCCGACAUCGCUGCGCAGGCCAACCUCACCCCCGAGGCUGCUUGCUCUGCCUGGAAGGAGUACAUGAACCCUAUCGCCUCUGCUCACCCCGAUGUCACCAUCCUCGGUCCCAGCGUGUCAAACAGCGGCACGACCGGCCAGGGUCUUAGUUGGCUCGAUACCUUCCACGAGAUCUGCUCUGAUGCUAUCGUCCACGCCACCAACAUCCACUUCUACGACAUCUACGAGGAGGCUACCAUCGACCGCUUCAAGGCGCAGGUCGAGAAGGCUGCCGCCAACUACGGCAAGCCCGUCUGGAUCACCGAGUUCGGUCUCAACCCCGGCUCUGCCACCGAGGCGCAGGCUGCUUCCUUCCUCAAGGACGCCAUGGCUUACUGCGACUCCUCCGACAAGGUCCAGGGUUACUCGUGGUUCAUGGUCGGCACCGGCGAGAACCAGCUCAACACUGCUAGCGGUCUUUCGGCUGUUGGUCAGGUCUAUGCGGGCUCCUCGUAAAGAGUAGCAAGAUCAAGGGCGUUUCUGGUUCGACUGUAAAUGAAUGAUAUACCCACAUUAUUUUGGGUUGUGUUUAUUUUUUAACUUCUAUUGUCCACUGUAUCUGAGGGGGCUUGGUGUAGCGAAUUUGGAUAGGAAGAAUGAUGCAAACGCAUACAAACUGCCUAUCUUCUCAUCUCUCUGUGCAUAUUCUAUGUCGUGUGACUGACAAUUCGGCAAGGCUGAUCUUCAGCCUCGAGGCUCGUGAUCAUUACAGCAGCGACUAGGCUGAGGCUCCUCAUCAAACGUACCGUAAGAGAAGGUCUGGGCAACUGCACCAGCGCUAAGACGACCAAGCCCCCUAAGACCGUUCAAGAUCUGUCCGAAAGUUUUGACGAUUUGAGGUCUUGUCACUAUCACAUCAAAUUUUGAAUGCCGCAAGCGCGGCAAUCGCGACUCGCAAAGGGGCGAACACCCAAG